AUCACCGUUCACCAUCUGUAAGCAUGGCGGCGGACUUCAGGUGGGGAUGUGCUGUGCUUUUGCUUUGUACGUAUUUGAUAUGUAUUUUAGCAACGGACGGUCAAAAUAACAAGCCCAAGAAGAAGAAAGAUAUCCGGGAUUACAAUGAUGCUGAUAUGGCACGGCUUUUGGAAGAAUGGGAGAAAGACGAUGACAUCGAGGAGGGCGACCUCCCUGAGCACAGGCGGUCCCCCCCGCCUAUCGACUUUUCCAAGGUGGAUGCUUCCAAGCCUGAGGAGCUGCUGAAGAUGUCGAAGAAGGGGAAAACUCUGAUGGUGUUUGCCACGGUGGAGGGAGAGCCUACGGAGAAGGAAACUGAGGAGGUGACCAGUCUGUGGCAGAGCAGCCUCUUCAAUGCCAAUUUUGACAUUCAGAGGUUCGUGGUGGGCUCCAACCGGGUCAUCUUCAUGCUGCGAGAUGGCAGCUUCGCGUGGGAGGUCAAGGACUUCCUGGUGGCCCAGGAGCGCUGCGCCGAGGUCACCGUGGAAGGCCAGGUGUUCCCCGGGAAGGCCGCCAAGAAAGAUGACAGCGCCAAGCAGCAGAACGAAGUGAACACCAAAAAGAAGGGCAAGAAGAAGUCGGAGGGCAAGAAACCCGACCUGGACGGCAACAGAGCGAGUAAAGACAAGGUUGAACUGUGAUUGGCUGAUGAUGGAGAGAGAGAUGGGAUUGGCAGAACAAUCACAAGACCCGUCCAGACCAGCAACACCACCUAGUUUAUUUUACUUUAGUAUUUGCAGAUCUGAGGCCAAUGGGUAGAAGAAAGAUGCGUCUGACUACUACCUAGCCUUUCAAUCAGGCUUUAUGGAGCUGCCACAGAUCUACAGACACUGAGGUGGUAGAGGCUAGGGGAAGGGACUUGGAGAGAGGUUCAACGGUGACUCAGCACAAGACAGUUUGUGGCACUGUAUACUCUUUCAAACCUAUUAAAGUCAGGGUCAAUGACUGACCUCAGAGCAGA